UUGGGACACAGGAAGACCAAUGUUUUCAUGGCGAGUGACGCGAAGUGUGUCCAACACAUUACAAUACUCUCCUGAAGCUGUAUGAGCUACUUUUGUGCUCCUAGAGCUCACACACGCACACCUUUAUAAUCAAUCCUCUCGAACAUGACUACGGUGCAGUGUUAUAACAAGGGUUGUGGCCAAAAGUUCGUGCUUGAGCACAACACUGAUGAUGCCUGUGAAUAUCAUCCAGGUGCACCCAUAUUCCAUGAUGCAUACAAGGGUUGGUCUUGCUGUAACAAGAAAAGUACAGAUUUUACUACAUUUCUAAAUACAAAGGGCUGUACAAAAGGAAGACAUAACCCUGAAAAACCUGUUGAGCCGCAGAAACAAAAAAUAGAUCCAUCAACGAGGGAUGAGGUCAUAACUGUUGAGUCGCCUAAACCUGCCCUUGCCCUGCCUAGGCCAGAUUUUAAUUCACCACUGAGACGACUUCCGAUUACUGUCUCCCAGUCACUGAAACAGGCUCUAGAAAAGGCUGCACUCACAAAAGAGACUAGCAGUAAAGAUACUGGGGAAGAAAAGAAUGCUUAUGGAGUAAAGAUUGGAGAAAACUGUAAAAACAAUGGCUGUAAAGUGAAUUACGAGGGUGAACCUAGUAAUCUGGAUUUAUGCAGGUACCAUCCUGGAAUUCCUAUCUUUCAUGAAGGACUCAAGUACUGGAGUUGUUGUCAAAAGAAGACAACUGACUUUUCUGAGUUUUUGGAACAGCUGGGCUGUUCCACUGGCCAUCACUGCUGGGUAAAGUUGGAAACUAAGAAAGUAGCCGCCUGCCGUUUUGAUUGGCAUCAAACUGCUACCCAUGUGUGUGUCGCAGUCUAUGCAAAGCUUUCUGAUCCUGCACCUACUUACGUGGAAGCUAACCCUAUCAGACUCAAUGCAAACAUUGUCUUUGGAGAUGAAAACGUGUUCACGUUGGAUAUCGAGCUUACUGGGUUGAUUGACGUGGACCAGAGCAGCGUAUGUUUAGCAGCAUCCAAGGUGGAAAUCAAACUUAGGAAAGCAGAACCAUCAAGCUGGCGCACACUGAACAUUGAAAGAGAACAAACUUCUAAUAACAAGACCGACGACGAGAAAGCCGAUGAAAAAGCUGAAGGUGGCCUAGAACAAAUGGUUGAUGCAGUUGACCUUAGUGAUCUUUGAAGGUAGUAUUACUUUUAGGAUAGCUUAUAUUGAUUUUAAAGUAUGUGCAAUAAGAGACCUUGAUUUCUUCAUGAACAGAGAAGAGAUACCAGUAGGUGCAUUUUUAUUACCCUUAAACAUGCAGAUUUGUUAAUAGGGUGAGCAUAUUAAAUUUGUAUAUUUUUGAUCAUUUUAAUUUUUUAAUGUUAUACAGAAAUAAUUUAUGUCCUCCAGUAAGUUGUGAUUCUUGGCUUUUUGUCAAGAUGACAAAAUAUGUGAUCAUGCAAGACUAUUAAUAAUAAACAUGUUAAAGGAA